AUGGCGAGCGCCCUACCUCGUUGCCGUCGAACGGUGAACACGCGUUGCAGUCGGAAGUGUCCUGCGCUUGGCUUUAGCCUCUGUUUGCGUCUCCCGAUCGAGCGGCAGAGCACCUGGCGGGCUAGCGUUGGGGCUUGGCAGCUGCGGUGCUGUGCUGCUUUUGGUCGCGGAUCUGGUGGGCGAGCUUCCAGGGCAGCGCGCACGGUUCAAUGUCUGGCGGCUGCGUCCUCGUCGCCGCUUUCAACGACAACCAUAUUGUCGGUGGAUGAGCAGCUUGAACCUCAGGAGCGUAUUUCGGGACCCGCGAAGCGCAUCAUUCCAUGUUUGGACGUGAAGGAUGGCCGUGUUGUCAAGGGAAUCAAUUUUGUAAACCUCAGAGACGCAGGUGACCCCGUUGAGCAGGCCCGAGUCUACUACGAGGACGGUGCCGACGAACUCGUGUUUCUCGACAUUUCGGCAACACCGAACGGCCAUGAGACGACUUUGCGAGUUGUAGAACAGGUCGCAGGAUCCAUCUUCAUUCCGUUGACAGUUGGCGGUGGAAUACGCACGGUCGAGGAUGCGCGACGCACGCUGCUCUCUGGAGCGGAUAAAGUCGCCAUCAAUAGCGCAGCUGUUGCACGCCCGGAGCUGCUCCAAGAAUGUGCAUACCAGCUCGGAAAGGCCAAUAUUGUACUUGCAAUUGAUGCAAAGAGGCGCAGUCCGGGUAAAUGGGAAGUCUAUGUCGCUGGCGGACGUAAACCCACCGGGAUCGAUGCUGUGGAGUGGGCGCAAAGAGGAUCCGAGCUAGGAGCUGGGGAAAUCCUGCUGACAAGCAUGGAUGCGGACGGAACUUUGGCGGGUUUCGAUUUGGAGCUUACCCGUGCUGUUGUGGAUGCGGUAUGCGUUCCCGUUAUUGCGAGUGGUGGUGCAGGCACCAUGCAGCACUUUGUGGACGCAGUGACGCAAGGUGGCGCAUCGGCAGCGUUGGCUGCCUCCCUUUUCCAUGACAACACGAUUCGCAUUCCCGACCUCAAGCAGUACAUGAAGAAUCAAGGGGUGCUCGUUCGGCUCUAA